ACCAAAAAAUCUCCCCCUCCCAAAAAAAGAAAAAGAAAAAAAAUCUUCCAUUUCCGUCUCCUUCUCUCUCUCUCCAUCUCUCUCUCUGGGUGUGUGUCUGUGUGGCAGUUUCCAUUUCUGUAAUCUGCCAAUUUCACCUCCACUUUCGCUGACCCAAAUUCCUCUCUCUCUCUUCCUUUCUCGCGAUUUCUGUUACCUGCCUAACGGAUUGUUCCCCCACCCCCCAGCAAUUUGAUUUGGGCAAAUGCAGCUCGGGUUCAGCUCAUAUUAGGGUUUUGAUUCGAGCUCAGCUGGUAGAUCCGCCAUCCCACCCCCGAGCUGCACGCCCCCCACCCCCAAUUCUCACCGGGGGAGAUCUCGCGUCUCUUUCAGUUCCUGAUCCUGUUGGAAACUCUUUUAUUAGCGUUGUGUUGGGAUAAAUCAUAGGAUGUGAUGGAAUCGUAGAGGCUUUUGAGCUGAUCGAUCGCUUUUCUUUGGGGAGAGAGUUCGAGCCCGUGUCAUCAUGGAUCAUGUUAUUGGGGGUAAAUUCAAGAUGGGCCGGAAGAUCGGAAGUGGAUCUUUCGGGGAGCUCUACGUCGGGGUUAAUAUACAGAGUGGGGAAGAGGUUGCUAUAAAGUUGGAGUCUGUCAAGACCAAACAUCCUCAGCUUCACUACGAGUCAAAACUGUACAUGCUUCUUCAAGGAGGAACGGGAGUUCCGCACCUCAAGUGGUUCGGAGUGGAGGGUGAGUACAAUGUCAUGGUUAUCGAUCUCCUAGGGCCUAGUCUCGAAGACUUGUUCAACUACUGCAACAGGAAGUUCUCUUUGAAAACAGUGUUGAUGCUGGCUGAUCAGUUAAUAAAUAGAGUGGAGUACAUGCAUUCGAGGGGGUUUCUCCACCGCGACAUAAAGCCUGACAAUUUUCUGAUGGGGUUGGGGCGCAAAGCAAAUCAGGUGUACAUCAUCGAUUAUGGCCUUGCAAAGAAGUAUAGGGAUUUGCAAACUCACAAGCACAUUCCGUAUAGGGAAAAUAAGAAUCUUACUGGCACAGCCCGAUAUGCAAGUGUUAAUACUCAUCUUGGAGUUGAGCAAAGCCGAAGAGAUGAUCUAGAAUCCCUUGGUUAUGUGCUUAUGUAUUUCCUAAGAGGAAGCCUUCCCUGGCAGGGUCUUAAAGCGGGGACAAAGAAGCAGAAAUAUGAUAAAAUCAGCGAGAAGAAGAUGCUAACCCCCAUAGAGGUGCUCUGCAAAUCGUAUCCCUCGGAGUUUGUAUCAUACUUCCAUUACUGCAGAUCAUUGCGCUUUGAAGACAAGCCAGAUUAUUCAUAUUUGAAAAGACUCUUCCGGGACUUAUUCAUUCGUGAAGGAUAUCAGUUUGACUAUGUAUUUGACUGGACUAUACUGAAGUAUCCUCAGAUUGGUUCGACCUCUAGAUUAAGGGCCACUGGACGAGCUGGUCAAUCUGGUGAAAAGCCGGAAAAGCAUUCAGUGGGCCAAGAAAUUCGCGACAAGUUAUCAGGUGCAGUUGAGGUAUUCACUCGUAGAAAUGCAUCGGGUGCUGGAGUGCAUGGUGAUCAUUCAAAGCAUAAGGCACCCGAGGAUGGUCCCUCCAAAGACGUGCAUGAUCCCGAGAGAGUGCGGACUUCUACUUCUCGACAUGGAAGCACAUCGAAGAGGGCUCUAGUCUCAAGCAGCAGACCGAGCUCUUCGGGAGAGCCGAACGACAGCAGAAUAAGUCGCCUGGUCUCAAGCAGCGGCCGCCUCUCCACGAGCCAGAGGAUUCUGGCUGAGUCUGAGCCCAGACUCUCCUCCCUCUCCCGGCCGACUUCGUCACGUGGAAUACGCGAUAAUCAGCUCCGUAGCUUCGAGCUCCUCACUAUUGGGUCCGAGAAAAGGAAGUGAUAAUUGGAGUGGGCUGUCCUGGUUUGUUCCUCUGAGUCCAAGAAAGAGAGUAUUUCUCAUGAUGUUGUUGCAUUGUUAUCUUCGAAAUUACGAGGACAUGGUGCUUCAUAAUUGUGACUGGUUGUGUUGUUGUAGAUUAAUGUUCGUGAAGUUUACUGUAAGGUUUUAUUUUGUUCCUUUGUUGAAGAGAGAAGACACUUGUACUUUUUCAAUCAAGGAUCACAAAGGGAAAAAAAAAAUUAAAAUA